AGUCAGUCGUCAUUCUUCCUCAGGCUUGGAAGGAAACUAGCAAAAGUGGCGACGGACAGCAGCUUUGCUUCUCAUCGGUUCACUCCCAGAGAGGAUUACUCACCUGUGAACAUAAGUGUUGAACAGAGAGCAAAAUUAGAACUAAUAAAAAAGCGGUCCCCACUUUGCAUUAGUUUUGUCUCUUUCUUAAACUCCGUGUGUGUGUGUGUGCUUGACAAUUUCGGAGCAUUUUUGUCCUCGUUGACGAGGUGGGUUGUUUGUGAAUCACUGGAGCACAUCUUUCCAAAUUCAUUUAAAUCGUGACAUGUAGAGUGGAGACAAAAGGUCCAUUUCCCACUUGGAUGGCUCUAAAGACGUGUGAAUGAGUAGUAGCAGACCUCUCCCUCCACCCACUCGUCGUCCUCUCUUUCCUCCUCCUCACAAUAAUAAUGACUUAAAUCACCAACGAUCGCAGCGAAUUUUUUAAAAUAAAUUAUAUGCAAAAAAAUCCUCUCUGCCACCCAAAAGUUCCACCAUUGAGACUCGAUAAAUAGUGCUCAUGUUUCUCGUCAACGGAGUCUGGGCGCAGAGUGACCGACGUUUCACCUCCUCUUAUCUGGACGACGUGGUCAGUGACAACACGGACACGGACACCACCACCGACAUCAUGAGGGACUCGUUCUUUGAAGACUUUGAGAUCGCGAUGAAGGUGGUCAUCGUGGGGAACGGUUCCGUCGGGAAAUCGUCCAUGAUCCAACGCUUUUGUCGCGGCAUCUUCACCCGGGAUUACAAGAAAACCAUCGGCGUGGACUUCCUCGAACGAGUGAUGACCAUAGAUGAUCAAAGUGUCAGAUUGAUGCUGUGGGACACGGCAGGACAGGAGGAAUUUGACGCCAUCACACGCACAUAUUACCGUGGAGCAAAUGCCUGCGUCCUCGCGUGCAGUGUAACGGACAAAGAUUCAUUUCUUGCCCUUCCAAAGUGGAAAAAUAAGGUUUGUCGGGAAUGCGGUGACAUUCCGAUGGUUCUCGUUGCCAAUAAAAUUGACCUGCACAAACAGGCCGUUGUCGAUAGUGGUGAUCUUGAAGGGAUGGCGAGAACGCUUGGAAUUCCCAAGUUGUUCCGAACCUCUGUCAAGGACGACGUAAAUGUAAACGCCGUGUUCACCUUCCUCUCUUCCGUCUACCUCCAAACGGCCAUGGCUCCUUCUCCCGUUCCGCCAGAGGAAGACCCCUCCGACAACCUCCACUCGACCAACGACGCCCUCGCCCUCGUCCCCCAACUCUCCCCACCCACGAGAAAACCCUUCUUCAGCUUCAACCGAUCCAACACGAAUAACAACAACAACAAGAUGGCCAAGCUCAACCAGGUCAACGCCGCCUCCGCCGCCGGAGGUGGUGGCCUCAUCCUGCACAGUAGUAGUAAUAACAAAAAGAAGGGUGGUGGACUUAUCGACCGUGAUCGUGUCCUCAAAAAUCCCGUCAUUCUCACCUCUGCCACCACACCAGUCGGAGUCUCCAACAACAAGAUGAGCUUCUUCUCCUCCUCCAAAAAGGGAGUCACGCAACCCGCAGUAUCACAACAGCAACAGCCGCAGCCGCAACUGGUAGUAGGUCCUCCGCAGAGGGGAGGAGGGUACGCUAUUCUCGGAGGCCAUGGGAAAGGUCACGGCUUCAUGCUUGACCCCCACCACCCUUCUGGCUACUACCGAAGUGGGGGACAGCAACAACACCCACACCGAACUUAUCACUAUGCUGCAAUUGACCCUACUAGUCGUGGUACUCGUGGAGGAGGAGGAGGCUGGACUGACCCCAACGUUCCAUUCAGGUUGGACUUGAUGGGAGGAAAGAAGCGGCGACACAGGGAGAGCAGUGGUUGUUCCAUCCUCUAAUAAACUACCUCCUCGACCCCGUCUUGAAAAAAAACAAGGAUCGAUUUUGUAUCUGUCUGCACUGAAUCCAUCUUUAUAUAAAACUAAAUUAUUGUUACGUAUCAUGAUGUAUUAUAUGAAUGAAUUAUCGCCAAUUAAAUAAAUAUUUUAUAUGUA